AUGUUCCUGACUGGAGGGAGGAUAGUGAAGAAGAUCGACACCAACUCUGAUAAAUACCUUUCACUCGCGGAGCAGGAAGAGCCUUCGCAGUGGGAGGUUGAGGAAACGGUUCGCUUUAAAGAUCUCUAUGACCAGGAUAAAGAUGGUAAACUCAACAGGGAUGAACAGCUCCGCUGGGUCGCUCCCAACAGCUAUGGCUCAGCACGAGAAGAAGCUAUUCAUCUAAUCAAGGAAAUGGACCAAGAUGGUGAUGGAAGGCUCUCGGAGACGGAGAUUUUAAAAAACCAAGACACUUUCAUGAACAGUGAAGUGACCGAUUACGGCAGACAGCUUCAUGUGCCACAUGAUGAAUUGUAAUAGCUGGAAACUUAUAAAUAGCUCUUUUGUUGGCACAAAGAAAGACUACUUGAGUUUUUACAAAUGUAUUUUUAUUAGAUGACAUGUAAUUGGUACACUAAUAUUACACAGCCCUGCAUCUUGAUUUGCAAAAAAUAUUAGCAUAGAAAUAAUGUAAUGAUGCUGAGUU